AUGGUCCGUACGGUGGUUGCAGGGUUCAUCAAACGGGAUCAAGAACUGCCUCCAGUGGAAAAUCGAUUCAAUGCCAAUCUCAAAGUUCAACUGCCUCCAGUAAACAAGCAUUGGACUAAGCUUCAGGAAUCGAAAGUUUCAGAUGAUCAACCAACUAUUUCUGCAAGUCCAGACUACAGCGCUGCCGAAAAACUGAUGAAACAUGAACUAAAAGUGUUCGAAAUGGUAGUAAAGGGAACAUCGAUCGCUCAAAGCAGAUUUAAAGCCUUUCUCAAGCACGAAAUGAAUCUAACUUUAAAAAAUCUCAUUGUCAAGUACAAAAAACAACAGCUUCCCGAAAGGGAUCUGAGGAAAUUCAAGGAUUUAUUGAUCACAGAUGGGCUAAGAUUUGUGAGGGAAAAUUUGCGGAUCGAGUUGACCGCAAAUGAGAUUGAGAAUCCAGUCGAGAGAGUCAUAUUCACUGAAGAGGAAAGAAAUGUUUUGAAAAAUCAGGCUGAAAAACCAAGAGGAUUGCUGAUGGGGAAAGAGCUCGACUACCAGGUAGUUCAACAGCAAUUCGCACAUCAACAACGGCAGGACUUCGAAAAAGUGACCAAUUUGAAUAGUGCCACUUUGGAGAUUCUGAUCGAGAACUCGAACUCGAGACGAACAUUUUUCCUUCGAGCUUUGGUGAAAGAUGGUUACGAUCAAGAAUUGACGAAUGUGCUCAAUCGGAGUCUCGCAGAAGAGUGGAUGAUGUUCUUCGAGAAAGUGCCGAGGAACGAUUUGUGUUUCGAGGAGAUGCAAAAUUUCGCCUACAAAGUCGCCGAUCGAACUAAAGCGUGGCAUCUCCACAAGCAAUCGUCGAAUAGCAGACUUUUGGAGGAAGCAAGAGAGGGAUUCAACUUUGAAGCAAUGGACGUUACGGUGGUUAAGGGGUUCAUCGAACGU